GCUCGUGGGCGCUGAGGAUCGGGCAGCUGCACGUCCCCAGCCCCAUCCGGAAUGGCAGCGUCAAGGACGUGAUCCUGGACUGUGACUACUCGCUGGACCCCGGCGAGAAGUCGGAGGGCCUCGUCGUCAAGUGGUUCCUCAACCAGGAGACCAACCCGUUGCCCGUGUACCAAUGGAUCGCCAACAAGAUUCCUCAGGACCUGGGCGUGCUGAGGAACCGGGUGGACCUGAUGUACCACGCCACGGACCAGCCGUCCACCCGCCACCGCGCCUUGCGCAUCCUCAACCCCACCAUUGAGCUCAGCGGGGAGUACCGCUGCGAGGUGUCCUCCUUCUACGGCGAAGACAGCAAGACAAAGAAAAUGAUCAUCUACGUUCCAGAGGAGAACCUAGAACUCACCCAAAGCAAGACCACGGUGGAGGGUCAGGUCAGGCUAUCCUGCGAAGCAGACGGGGUCUUCCCCAAGCCGGAAAUGACUUUCAUCAAAAGGUCCAUCGAGUAUGGCGGAGGGAAAAUCAUGGAUGGCGCCGAAGUUCGAGUGACUGAUAGGAAGGACGGCCUAUUUGACAUCGAGGCCGACAUCGUGGUGGACGAGGCGUCCCUGGACGAGGGGGCGCAGUACGCGUUCGGCUGCGAGCUGAGCAUCCCCGACGCCAACUACACCCUCAUCGAGUGGGAAAACUACGAAGCGAGGCGGCCCCCGACCACCACCACCCCCUUGCCGCCGACGCCCCCCGGGGGCCCCGCCGACAGCACCGAGGCCGCCCCGGAGGGCGCGCUCGAGGGCGGGGUGCCCCUGGAGUCCGUGCACCGGGCGGCCGACGGUAAGGAGCGAAAUGACGUGCACCGGGGCCUUGCGACGGUCCCUUGCAUGGAAAAUGUCACUGCUUUAAAGUUCAGCAGCUACCGCCUGAGGCACCAGUACAAAGUUCGGUGCACACUCUCGGCCGCCGCGCCGCUGUCCGCCGGCAGCCUCUCGCUCCUCGCCCUCGCGGCCUGGGCCUGGCUGUGGUCCACCGCCGCAGCCCGCCGCCUCUGAGGCACCCGCGGCAGGCCCGCGCGGCCCCCGGGGGCGGGACCGGACCGGGGGGCGGGUCCUGGAUCCCCCGCGGAUCCCUCUCUUCGAAUGCGCCGCCGAUCCCCGAUCCCGGCCCGGUCCAUCCCCACGGACAGCGCCCGGGCUCCCCCGGAUGCCCCGCCCCGGCCUACAAGGAUGCAGCGCGCAUUGCGCCCCGAAUGAAGAAUGAACUUGUCGCAGCUCCGUGUUUAUUAUUUUUUUCAAAUGCUGUGCUUUGGCUGUGCCUCCGUGAUGGAGAUAAUAAGAUCACGAUCCUUCCCAAAAAAAAUGCCCUCUUUAGUCACUGUGUUAUUUAACUUAUGGCAUGACUGUCAUUCUCUGGGCCCGGAGAUGAAAUCAAUGUCACAAUGUGUCGUCAUUCUGUCGCGUAAUUCGUUGUGUAAUCAUUAUUGUUGUUAUUGUCAUGGCUUAGAGUUAAGUGUUAUGUGUUUACUCCCCUCUAUUUUUCACUGUGGGUGCAAUAUUGGGAAGAAAUGUUACUGGAAAAUCAAGUGCGAACUAGUCGAUAUUGUAACAAAAUGUAUUUACAAAAGUUAUAACAAAAGAAUGUCAACAGUGGAGCUAAAUGCUCCUAAUAAUUUAACAGAACAGAAAAACAAACACAAUCUUCCGAAUAAGGAACGUCAGACUACGUGAUGUACAUAGGUUUUUUU